AUGGUCAGCGACGAGAGAUCUGCUGGGGUAGGAGUAAAGGGGGGCGGGCCGUCCGGAAUGCUACGAGCGGACAUUUGGAGGCGAAGAGAGGAGAGCACGCGACCCGGGCGGAGGGCGGCCAGACGCCCUCCUACCACGCCGAAUAACGCACUGUCAAUGGUAGCAUCGGUGGUGGUGGUGGUGGUGAGGAAGGGGAACCUUGUCCGAUUUACAACUAUGAUAAACAGCGCGGACUCCGUUCCCAUCCUCCUGCCCCCUCCUCCUCCUCCUCGUCGUCCUUUUGGCACAUUAACAGACCCCCAAGGUGUAAGACCAUUUUGCUGA